CUUGACUCGGGUGGAACUGUCGGACAGACGCGCUGAAAGGUUCCAGUCGACGGAGACUCCCUGCGACACUCCGGCCGCUCCAACAUAUUUGUGCUCGUGCUGUUUUAUUGGCGCCGUUCACCGUCAACAUGUCGCACACCGUCAUCACGACCACGACCACGACCACCAGGACGUCCGGGGACAGCGUCCUCAACAUGGGCUACACCCGGACCAUCCCGGGAAUGCUGAAGAUGGGACAGAUGGUCGCCCUGCUCAUCGCCUUCCUGUGCGUCCACUGUGCUCGUGGUUGGCCCAGCUGGGCGGCAUUCCAGUACUUUGAGGUGGUGGUUCUGUGGUUCCUCAUCGCGCUCACCAUCUUCUUCCUCAUGCACCUGUUCCGGCUGCAGGGGAAGAUGCCCUGCAUCAACUGGCCGCUGACGGAGUUCUUUCAUUACUCCGUCGGGACCGUCCUCAUCUUCAUCGCCUCCAUCGUCGCCGCUGUGAAGACUGGAGGAGUUUCAGCGCUGGUGGCCGGAUCGGUGUUCGGCUUCAUCGCCACGUUCCUGAUGGCCGUUAGUUUGUGGACAUCUUACAGUGUCACCUGUGGCUCUCAUCAGACAGGUGCAGCAGUGUAAUAAGCUACCCAUCAUGAAGGAACUAGACGGCUGUGGGCAGUUUGCUGAGUUGUGGUCUGUUUUCUGCCCGGUAACAACCAUCUGGAUAAAGAACCUGAUUGGAUAAUAAUUCGUAGAGGUAAUGGAGCAUCUGAUCCAGGACCAGCCGUUGUUUCCUGAUUCGUAAAUAUUCCUGCUCAUCACAAACCUGAGAGGAUGUAGAAUCAGUUUUACUCCAGAAUCACUUUUUAUUUCUUGCUGAAUCUUUUCAAACAUCUGACGUCAUGUUUUCAUGUUAAAGGUGCUCAGUGUCACGUUUCAAACAUCAGUCACACAACGACACCGCGGUGCAAACAAUCAGCCACAUGCUUCACAGCUUCAUCUCCCAUCAUGCCUGCUGCUUCCCGCCCUGAAGAGGUGGACAUCUUGUUUUUGAUUGUAUUUCACCAAAGCGUUUCUCUCCUUCUGCCGCGAGCGAUCAAAGAUUAGAGAAGCUUUUUUAGAAACCUUGAGUUUGUGUUUGAUCUGACGGGAUGGCGCCUUCUUCCUGUCACGUGCCAUAAAGCUUCCAGAUGAUUCCCCUCAAGUAUCUCAGUGAGCGCAGCCUCCGUCACGCAUCCUUGUUGUGUUUCUUCAGUGUUUACAGUACGUAGCUCUAUUAGCUCGAGCCGUCAUCAACGCCUCAUUCAUUCCAACUUUUUUAUUCUACGUCGAACUUCCUUCAGUCGAAACAGUCUGGACCAUGGAUGUAUUAACCUCUUUUUAAAAUCACUUUUCUUAAAUGCCCGGUGAUGUAAUAAUGCACAGUAUAGCCCUUUAGCCUGCUGAGCUAAUUUUUGUUAGCGCACUAAAAUGUUGGUGUGAGAAUAUUCUCAUUCUAGCGUGCUAACAAACAUUAACAAGCUAAUCUUUUUCAGAAAAUACCUUGCAUGCUAAUGACCUUGUUAGCAUGCUAAACCAUGACUCAGGGGCUAAUACUUAGGUGUGCUAAAAAACAACAGCAUGCUAACACUUUACACAAAUUGAAACAAUGCAACAGGAAACAUUAGCAUGCUAACAAUGCAAACAAAAACCAAGAAAAAACGUUGCGUCUCUGAUUAAAAGAUAAGUUUAGUCAUAAUCUGUAUUUUUAUUAUCGUCAACAAAUCCCACGAGUGUUAUUUACAAAUGAAACUAAAUAUUUGUGAAGUGGUUUUAAAGAUUUGGAAGUGGGACGGUAUUGAGGGACGGACCAACAUGUUGUUGAUUCUGCACAUGAGGAUUGUUGACGAGAGUAAAAUGACAGACUGAAGACAAACAGGAAACGACUGCAGGAGCUCCAGUAGUUCAGAUUUUAACGGGAACAUCAGCUCCGUCUUUCUGCGCCGGGCAGAAUCUCAUGAAGCGCCACAUCAGCUCGCCACAGUCGGUUCAGUGAAGCGACUUUCUGUCUGCUGUUUGUUUUAACUUCAGAGUCGAACGACUGUGGAGCUUUUCAUUCCUCCGUCUCUCUGACAGGACGUCGCCGCUGCUGAACUUGGUGCUUCUAAAAACAAACUUCUUAGUUUCAAUCCGACCUGAGUUUUAAAGUGCUCACAGUUGGAAAUGAUGUCAGAAAGACAGAUUACAAGAAAAAGUUCUGAUGGUUUCUGCACGUGGGACCAAGUCACUGAUGUGGAAAUCUGUUGGCACGGAUUAAUAAACUUCAUUAAUAUGGCAACAAUCUCUGUACAGAUUGUAAAGCUCACUGAGGUGAUGAUUAAUUAAGCAUAGAAUAAAAUUACAUAUAAACAUGAACACGAGGGAUUAUAGAGUGUACGUACAGAUUGAUACGUACCUGUGUUGAUAAAAUGUGCUUACAGAUUAAUAAUAAUCAGGUUUGUGGAGUAACAGAAUACAUGUAAUGGGAUUACAAACAGAAGUGGUAACUAAUCCAGAGAAGUUGGAGUAAAAUGAUGUAAUUAGAUUACAGAUAUGUUGAGUUAAGAGGAUUACUAACAUGAUUAUAAUUUUGAAAUCUAAUAAAAGUCAUCUUUAAACUGAAUUUAUAUAAAACAGUUACUUUAUCUUCAUAUUUUGAUUAGAUUAUGUCUCUGACUACAUGCUGUAACAUGUAUUCAGUAACUAUCAUGACCCUUUGUCAUAAAACACACAGUAACAAAAUCUACAAACACAUUAAUAAACCACACUGAUGGAAAAAUGUUCACAGGGAUUUAAACUUUAAACCAUAAUUAAUACCAUUUCAAUAUGAAUGAAUUAAAGGUGCAGUAUGUAAGAUUAGUUUCAAACUUUCAAAAAUGAACUGUUGAACUGAAGUUAGCAUGCUAACCAGCUAGCUCGGGCCUGAGAACCUGCAUGGCUAACUGAGCUAACAGGCUAACGGUAGCUACAGUCACAACACAGUCAGCUGUGACUCGGCUGCUUCUGUUUGUUGGGGUUAAUUCAACAAAAAAUCACUUCUGGAUUAUAACGAGUUCAGAUGGAAAUCAGCUGGUAUGUUUUAUAAGAAGGUGAACUGAUGGAGUGAACUCACAGACUGAAGCUCGACAGCAGAGACACACUGAGACGUUCACACCUGGUGAGAAGAAGGAAACUCUGAUAAAGCACAAGUUCUCAGAUUACCUCCCUGGUCUGUCGUAGUGUUUGUCUGAUUGUGAUUAUUGAUCUGUGCUUUCAGUCAUUGAUUACAAACUCUUUAUUAAUCUGUGCUCACAGACACAUCGUGCUUUCUGACCAAUCAGAGCGUCUCUGUGCUCCAACACACGUCGUCUUCACAGUCCAACAGAGCAGCAGGAGAUCAAAAUUCACUUUGUCUUUUAGUUCUACAAACAGUUCUGACGGGUCGUUGAGGCCGAGCGCUGACGUGCGGCGCCGCGGGUCGUACCGAGUGUCAUGCAGCAGCUGUGGGAGGAAGUGUUGGUCCGCGACCCGGCUGCUCGUCGUCUCAACCCUUCAGAUGGAACUGAGUUCUGGUUCUGAGAACAGAAUGUUGAAAUGUUUCCUGAGGGGAAAAACUAAAGAUAAGCUGAAAAUUAUUUUUAGAUUUUCUCAACAAUUAAUAACGAUGUCCAAGUUAAAGGGACAGUUCACCCAAAAGAGUCAGAGUCAGUCGUUACGUCACUGUCUGUGCUGAAAGUGAAUCCAAAAACUUUGAACCAUUUAAAUAUAAUUAAAGUGUUAAAAUGACUUAUUGCUCAUUGUGAUUCUGUGCUAGCUUUAGCCAACAUGCUAAUUCUAGCCUAACUUUGGAAAAUAACAUUUUCACUUUAUUUUAUUAGACCAAAACAUCCAACGAUCAGCGAAUCAUUGUGACGUGAUUCCCUGAGAUCGUUAUCUUAACGAUAUUUUUUGCCAUUCAUAUUGACGAUUUUAUCAGAUUAAGCUGUGGAAAGUUCUGUAGAACAGCUGACCCAGUUUAAACUGAACUAAUUGGACUCUUUGUGCCACGGGAGCGAUUCUGCAUCCUGAGAAAUGCUUGUAGGAUUAAAACUCUCGGUGCUGAUCGGAGUCGCGGUGCUGAUCGGACUCGCUGGUUCAGUGGGAAACUUUCCUGCCGGGUCUGGGUACAGAACUCUGGCUGAUGUGAAGCUGAACACGUUGAUCCUCACAUUUCUGCCUUACUGCCGAUCAGACGCCAAACUCUUCGUGUGACGCUUCAGAUUUUGCACUUAAUGUUUCCUUAAAGUUCUGGAGCGGUUCUGGCUGACGGGUCGGUGACUGACUGAAGUCUAAUCUGAUGAAAAGUGAAUGUUUGACUUCAACCGUGUGAAAGUUGAUGGAUCUGAGCACAGAUGAUUGUUUUUCUCCUGCUGCGUCGACCCGCCACACUGUGGACGCGGGUCCACUUCAUGUCACACUGUGAGAUCCGGAUCAGAACACCUGACCACAUGGUUCUUUUUACUCUGGUUUCGUACACGGAGGCAUUUUUAAUAAUAACUGAAGAUGAUAAAAUCAUGAAGAUUUCACACAUUUAACCACAAAUCUUCAAACGUCUUUAAUGUUUCUGGUGAUCAGAACCAGAUGAGCGGGUCCAAGUCACAUUCACAGCAUCAGUUCUGUCAGAAUCACUUUCAUGUGCCAGUAAAUGAAUGUUGUGACUGAAUCAUCUGGAACUGAACUGAUAUUGGAUCAAAUCUAAUGAUGAAACCAGCUCAUCAGAGAGCAGCAGCCAACAGAACCAGACAGAACCCGAUUGGACUCUAUCGUUCAGAAACGGGUCGUCUGAAGUCGUCUCCCUCCUGAUUGGCUCACAGUGUGAACAAGAAGCUUCGUUCUGAAUCAGCAGCCAAAGAUUUCAGCUUCAGUCGGAUCCGACCUGCUGAUCCACAGUGUGUCCCGGUCCGGUCCGGUCCGGUCCGGUCCGACCCCCUGUUGUGUUGUACACAGUCGCUGGUUCACUUUCACACUCUGUGGUUGAGUUUGUGUUCCGGUCCAACAUGUUCACCUCUGCUGUGUUUCUGCUUCACUGUACUGUAUUUGAGUUCUUUUGGACCAGUUUGAUGUUUGAUGCACUGAUGAAACUUCUGAUACCUGAUACCAGUACACCUGACCCGGCACGGAUCCAGUGUGACUCAAUUAGAAUCAGCAGACAGAAUAAUCCAGACCUUUGAUUUGUUUUAACAUUUUGUAUUUCUAUUGCUGAACUUUUGAUAAACCGAGUUUUUCCAUCAGGUUCUGCUCAGAGUCCAGUUUUGGUAUCGAAUUCAGAACUUUUUUAUUGGUGCAUCUUUUAUUUUGAAGGUUUUAUACGGCUGCCUGCAGGUUCAGUGUGGAGCCAGAAUCAAUCGGACCGUCGCUCUGGAGCUUCUGUGUUUUCAGCUGUUUGUUACUUUUGUCCCACGUUCUCCUUGGAUCCCAGAUUGAUUCUGGCUCCGGACCCGACAGAACCAGACUGUUUACAUUGUAUUAUUUCUGCUUGUAUGUGUUUUCUGAUGCUGAAUGAUGCCGAGUGACCUGAUGACCGGCUGUCUGUCCACUGGGAGACACAGUGUGCUGCUGAACAGUCCGCGGGCCAAUAAGUAUUGAUUCUAGGCCGUCACGUGAUCCGGGUCGGCUCAGGACGGAGGUCCAACUGAACCAGGAAACAUUUGUGAGCUGGAAAAAGUUGGAAAUACAAACUCAUUGAACAAUUUAUUUAACUUUUAAAGAUGUCUGAAUAUGAGACUGAUGUCAAAUCACUAAAGAAGAUUUAAUCUGACACAGAAACUCCAAAGUGUUCAGAAUUUCUCUCGAGGUUUAUUGUGGAACUCUGAAGGCCGUUUGUUGUUUCUUGUAGCUGAAUAUUAUUUAAAUAUUGUCAAAAAGGAUCAAAUCUGCCGGUUGUCACAUAUCACGUAAAGAUCAACAAGUGAUCGUGAACAAAGUGAAAACAAAGAAAUAACAGAUGGAAUUUGACCUUCAGAGAGAAUCUAGUCUGAUAACUUCAUGUUCAACAGCCGAACAAUCCAUCAGGGUCCAUUUAGUUUCUGUUCGGGACCUUUGGACCGCGUCACCUGAUCGUCUGUCUGUGAAGACUUCUCGUCCUGCACUGAAACUUGUGUGUUUGACGUGAAAACAGCUGCUGCCUCGUUAGAUAACUGAGUGCUUCCAGAAAGAAAUCCGACUUGAACACGAACAACAUGCUGGUUUGAAAACUGUCAUAUUUCAAACAGAGUGAACAUUAAUUCACAUGCUGUUAGCUAACUGAGCAGCAGAGUGCUAAUCAGGCUAAUCAGGCUAAUCAGGCUAAGCCACUCAAACUGAUCGUCGGUCUGAACAUCGUCCUCCUCGCUGCCAGUUUAUAUUUUCAACGUUCUUCACAACAGAUUCACAGUUCUGGAUCAGCUCGUGGCUGACGGGCCGACACAGCCGCCUGUCGUCAGUGGACUCAGACACCCGGAGAGUUUAGAGUAUUUAGGUUUUUCUCCAAAGUGCCUUAAAGUUGUGUUGUUGAACGGAGCGGAGGGGAAGUCAGUGAAGGAAGAAGGAGGAGCCUCGUUCAGAGGUUCAGGUGUGUCUGAGGGAGCCCGGGGGUGUUCAGGUGGAGUUCAGGUGGUGUUCAGGUGGUGUUGAGGUGGAGUUCAGGUGGAGUUGAGGUGGAGUUCAGGUGGAGUUCAGGUGGAGUUCAGGUGGUGUUCAGGUGGAGUUGAGGUGGAGUUCAGGUGGUGUUCAGGUGGAGUUGAGGUGGAGUUCAGGUGGUGUUCAGGUGGAGUUGAGGUGGUGUUCAGGUGGUGUUCAGGUGGAGAAUGAAGUGAUUUUCUUUAGUUUCAGGAGAUGAUGUCCACAGUAUUAGAGGUCACGUCACAACGAGCUCACAUGACUUGUGUUGUUUUUGUACAUUUUUUAAAAAGUGUGUUCAAACUACAAGUUGUGCUUUGUUGCAUGUUGUAAAUUAAAGGCUCAUUGCACCA